GUUUCUAUCCCUAUUAUUCUUAUCAUUUACUAACUGAAAAGAAAACCCCCCAAAAAAAGGACACUGUUUUUAUUUAUUUACAGGAAUCUUAAACCGAUAUCAUGCUGCCAGUGAUUUUGUCAAAGAAUGGCCUUGUUCCGCAGCACGGUGUGCUUGGUGGCUCUCACAUUGCUAUAUCAAUCCAUCGCGGGUUUAAUAUAAUAGCUUUGGGGUUGAAGGGAAUUACCUGCUUCCUGUCUAUAGCUUAAUCAAUUGAGAUUAACUGUUCCUCUAUUCAGGACGGUGAAGGGUUCCAUCUACCAAAGGACCAUAGAUAACUCAGGUCUGUUGAGUACCGUGCAAUAUGCCUAAUGCGGACCGGAAAGCAUCCUAAUGUUCAGUGCAAAAAUGGAUUAUAUAGAUGUAAUCUUCAAUUGCUGCUCAAUACGUUCCAUUAUUGAGCUAGUAUGUUUGGUUUCACUGGAUAAUUGGAUAUACCCCCGGACCCAAGUUCAUCCACUUCACUUAACGAAGAUGUUUUGAGUGAAUUAUCUCAGCAACUCCCCAAUACAUAUGAUAUCAAGCGAGGAACAUUCCUCAAUGCCCCAGCCUUAUAAUUUUUAAGGGGCUGCUUGAUAUCCACCCCUCUCUUCCAUAUCUUGCCUCCGACCUAAUCCCAUUACCACUAACCAGCUUCCUUCCACACAUAACCUGCCACUUAGUCUUCUUCCCAACCGCUUUCUUUCUCUCACUUUCACAGCAUACCGUCAUUCUCUACCUUUCCUCCAUACCUCACUCUUGAGCCAACCAUCUUUUAUCUUGCUAGAAAGAUUUCAUCAUUGUGAUAAGUCUGUUGCUUUCCAUUUUUUGCGAAAAGAUCCCAUUGCGUCAGCGAUUAUCUCAGCUAUAAUACAGCGCGACAUGGCAAUCGAACUGAGGUAUGAGAGUGAAGCGUCUCCUUCUGCCUCAGAAUAUGGAGCGUCCCUCUUCAGCAUUGAUUCCAUUGGGAAGAGACCUGCAUAUUCUGGCUUUACAACCCCUGGAUCUACCAGGGACGUGAACCAGCAAGCCGACAUAACGUCAAAUCUGGCUGCAAAAAACUUGGCUCUGUUGUAUGAUAUCCUUCCGGAUAAGUUUCAUACUUGUUCGCAUCCAUACCACUCGUCAUACAAUGAAGGCAACCUCCCUCUCCUUCUCUUUAGACUGGAGGCCCCAAAAGAAAGCCACUCAGAGCCGAUCGGAUACUUGGUGGAGAAUGGCAAAGUUGUUUUGGACUACCAAGGUAAUCCUGUGCGAAACUUCCCUUUUCUACCGCGAUACAUCUCCGUUAAACCGUCCGGGUGGCUCGUCGAGUUUUGGAUGCGAUCGGAUACCCGUCUCACUUACCGAGACAUCAAAGCGAGAAUGACGGCCAAGAAUGAAGAGCUUCCUUCGGAUAAUGUUUUGAACAUGAGGCGUGAACGUGAUGCUCGCAAGCCGCUAGGCUUGUCUUGCUGGACAGCUCGUCGUGGGGGCAUUACCAAGGCCGAACUCGAGCGUGUUGAGCGGUUAUCGUCAGAAAACGUCAAGUAUAACACCUCUCUAAAAGUGCGUUUCGACCUCCAACCUGCGGCACUUGAAUCAAGGUCCUUCGAUCCAAAUGCGAUGCCACAGUAUUAUCCGUUGGACAUCUUCUUGGACCACCCUAAUGAACUCCAUAAUGCGGGUCAUCGUUUGGAAGAUAGCAUCGAGCUCCUAUUUAGAUUGCAAGUCUUAGCGUCAGAUCUUGGUCUGAACGAUUGGAAAGACCUACCAGAAAAUGAAUUGCCCCAGUGGUGGCCCAAAGCGAAGGGCAAGGCCAAUGCAGACCUGACAAGUGUAAAUCAGAGCCAACUGUCUUCCGCGUCUGGGUCAGUCCUUUCUACACCCAGAUCAGUAUCCAAGCGACGCAUGAGCUGGAAGACGCCCCCGAAAUCCAGAUUGUCAGUUGCUUUCACCGCUGAGACCCCUGAAUGCCCAACGCAGUCCGCAAGCCCUUUUAUGAACGCCAUUUCUCCAUCGGCCGACUUCUUCACUGGCGAUACCGUGGGAGCGACCGGUUAUACAGAUCAAUUCGACACCAUUGCUCAUCGUACGGACAUAAACAAUGCACUGGCUGCCAACUAUUCCGAACUCGGUAUGCAUCAACCUCUGCAAGGACUUGGGGUCCAUCAGCUGUGGACGUCUCCGAUCAGCGGGCUGAACGGCCAAAACGUCGAAAUAGCCACGGCAUAUAAUGAGUCCACUGUCGUAUCCAGACAAGCCAACUUUUUCCCUGCACCUUUUCAAGGCUGCCUGGACGACUAUCAUCUCUUCGAUGGACCAUACAUCUCUGGCUAUUCGACCCCGUACAACCAAGCUGCUUCCACCGAGCAUCUCGACAAUAUCGCGAUGCAAAUCGACCAGCGCUGUCGGGCCUCGAACUAUCCCCAGGGCAUCAACAAAUUUAGCCCUUCACCUUCGCAAUUUCGGGCCCCCUCAAGCCUCUCCAUUCGCCGCAACCAUGCUCACAAGGUGAACACGAGCACUGGCGAGAUCAUGACUCGCAACAAUCCGUUCCCAUGGAGAAGACACCAGCGUAACAUGUCUUCACAGCGCUCUUUCGAAAACUUCCUUAGGGACAACCUUCCCUACUAGGAAUAUUCGAGAUUCGAAUGUUUUAAAGGAAUCCCCAGGUUUCGAAAAGUCUUCUGCGCAAUCAUGUUCCACCGGAGAGGCGUAUAGGCUGCAUGAAAAGAAAAGGAAAAAAGAGGAAGAAAGAUUUUUUUUCUCUAGGACCUGCUUGGCUUUUCUACCUUUGCUUAUGGUUCCAUUUGUUUCCAUGUUGAUAUUUUUUGACCUUUUUGCCUUCACAUUUAUGUUUGAGGACGGUUACUCCCGGCCCUUCUUGCUGGGUUCUAUCCCUGGUUCUACCUCUUGGCUCCGGUCCUUCCCGUGGUUCUUCAUUUCUCAUUGCUUAUUGGGUGCUGAUCCCAGCCCUAGAAGAGACACGGAACUUUCAGUAACUUUCACCUGGCAUCACAGCGCCCUUUUCCCUGUAUUCAUGCCCUUGAUGACUUGACUUGACGCGCUCUAAGCCUUUUUCUGCUUCUUUAUCUUGUGCUUUUCCCACUGAAUUUUCUUUUCUUUUCUUUUUUUAAAUAAAAAAAGAAAACACCUAGAUUGAUACUUUAUCCCCUGUAUUCGGGUUCCCAUGGACCUCACUUUCAUUCUGAG